GCUCUGAAGAACAGCCAAGAGUUAGGGGCUCAUGAACGGUAGCUUUAGAGGUGAUAUCAACCAGGUGCACCUUGCAAGGCCAGCCUAUCCCAGGCUAGGGAAGACGCAACCAUUCUGAACAUGUCCAUUCUCAUGAUACCCCCUUGUAGCUCCCCUCUAUCAUCCACAUCAUAUCGCGUCCAGUCACGAAGACACGCUUAAACAGACCAUUCCCAUCUUGUCAGAAUGCGGUGUUUCGAGAACGGCUCCAGUGGAUACGCGGUUCUCACUACGCGACAUCCUCGGACCCCGUACAAGGAUAUAAAACCCCUCUCUUUUGUGGAGCAGGUUGUCCAAGGGAUUCAUCUCUAAGAGGCCUUGCACUACCUAAAUCUUACCGCUUCAUCAGUCAAUCAUCUAACUCAUUUCCUCAUGGUUCAUCCUCAGGAAGUCGACGUUAUUGUCGUUGGAGGAGGCCCUGCAGGAUGUGUCGUGGCGGGCAGAUUGGCCUAUGCCGACCCUAAUCUUCAGGUGAUGCUUAUCGAAGGUGGUGCGAAUAAUCGUGACGACCCGUGGGUCUAUCGUCCCGGCAUAUUUGUCCGUAAUAUGCAGAAAGAUGGGGUCAACGACAAAGCGACUUUCUACACAGAUAGCAUGGAAUCGUCUUAUCUUCGCGGAAGGCGAAGCAUUGUUCCUUGUGCAAAUAUCCUAGGUGGUGGAAGCAGCAUAAACUUCCAGAUGUAUACCCGUGCUUCGGCUUCUGACUGGGAUGACUUCAAGACUGAAGGCUGGACUUGCAAAGACUUGCUGCCACUCAUGAAGCGACUAGAGAACUACCAGAAACCCUGUAAUAACGAUUCUCAUGGAUACGACGGUCCUAUUGCCAUCAGUAAUGGUGGACAGAUCACCCCCGUUGCCCAAGAUUUCCUGAGAGCUGCCCACGCCAUCGGUAUCCCAUAUAGCGAUGAUAUCCAAGACCUUACCACGAGUCACGGUGCUGAAAUUUGGGCUAAGUACAUUAACCGUGAGACAGGCAGACGUAGUGAUGCAGCGACUGCAUACGUCCACAGUGUUAUGGAUGUCCAGAACAACCUUUUCUUGCGCUGUAAUGCGCGAGGAUCCCGUGUUCUCUUUGACGCAAACAACAAGGCAAUAGGUGUUGCAUAUGUUCCCUCGCGUAAUCGCGCCAAUGGCGGGCAAGUCCAGGAGACUAUUGUCAUGGCUCGAAAAAUGGUUGUACUGAGCUCGGGUACUUUGGGGACACCUCAGAUUCUCGAACGAUCAGGUGUCGGUAACGCUGAGCUGCUCAAUCAACUCGGUAUCAAGGUUGUCAGCGAGCUUCCGGGUGUUGGUGAACAAUAUCAAGACCACUAUACUACUCUUACGCUCUUCCGCGUCUCGAACGAGACCAGUACUACCGAUGAGUUCCUCCGGGGAGUCAAGGAAGUUCAGGAUGAGCUCUUCCGCGAAUGGGAAGCUACUCCCGAGAAAGCUCGUCUCUCAUCCAAUUUCAUCGAUGCCGGCUUUAAGAUUCGACCUACCGAAGCUGAGUUGAAGGAGAUGGGCCCCGAGUUCAACGAGUUAUGGGACAGGUAUUUCAAGGAUAAACCCGAUAAACCCGUCAUGUUCAACUCGAUCGUGGCUGGUGCCUACGCAGACCACACCUUGCUGCCUCCCGGCAAGUAUAUCACAAUGUUCCAAUACCUCGAGUACCCAGCUUCUCGUGGCAAGAUUCAUAUCAAGUCUACCAACCCUUACGUCGAGCCCUUCUUCGACAGCGGUUUCAUGAACAACAAGGCUGACUUCGCGCCUAUCCGUUGGAGUUACAAGAAGACCCGUGAGGUCGCUCGUCGUAUGGAUGCGUUCCGUGGCGAGCUUACUUCUCAUCACCCUCACUUCCACCCGGCUUCUCCUGCUGCUGUGAGAGAUAUCGAUAUCAGGACGGCGAAGGAGAUCUACCCCAACGGCCUUACUGUGGGCAUUCACAUGGGUACCUGGCACAGGCCAGGCGAACCAUACGAUGCUGCCAAGGUACACGAAGAUAUCAAGUACACCGAGGAAGAUGACAAGGCUAUCGAUGAUUGGGUCGCUGACCACGUCGAGACGACCUGGCAUUCACUCGGAACCUGUGCCAUGAAACCAAGAGAACAGGGUGGCGUUCUCGACGAGCGUCUCAAUGUUUAUGGUACCCAGAACCUCAAGGUUGUGGACUUAAGUAUCUGCCCAGAUAACCUCGGAACGAACACCUACUCCUCCGCACUAUUAGUCGGCGAGAAGGGUGCCGACUUGAUCGCAGAGGACCUUGGCCUCAAAAUCAAGACUCCCCAUGCACCCGUCCCUCAUGCACCCGUUCCCACAGGCAUGCCUUCCACUCAGAGCUUCCAUCGUCAUUAAGCUAUCUUCAUUUUCUCGAUGUUGAAGGCGUUCUUGGCGCGAUUUGUCUCGUCGAGCGCGCAUUGUUUUGUUGUAUCAUAUUCCCCUGUCCUGUUGUACGAAUACUUCCCGAGGUGUAGCAUCAGUGUACUUUUAUUUGUACUUUAGCUCGAUUUGAACAUCGAAAUCCCGAAUCGUCUGGA